CACAUCCGGAGGUACUGGGUACUGCAUAAAGCCGCGGCCCCGGCAGUUUGCCUCCGACAGCAGAUCUGGGCUAUUCUCGGCUACAGGAGCAGCUGCUCCAAUGCCCCAGGGCGGCCAUGGGCGCCCCGCACUGGUGGGACCAGCUGCGGGCUGGCAGCUCGGAGGUGGACUGGUGCGAGGACAACUACACCAUCGUGCCUGCCAUCGCCGAGUUCUACAACACGAUCAGCAACGUCUUGUUUUUCAUUUUACCACCCAUCUGCAUGUGCUUGUUUCGUCAGUAUGCAACAUGCUUCAACAGUGGCAUCUAUUUAAUAUGGACUCUUCUAGUCGUAGUGGGAAUUGGAUCUGUCUACUUCCAUGCAACCCUAAGUUUCCUGGGUCAGAUGCUUGAUGAGCUUGCAAUCCUUUGGGUUCUGAUGUGUGCCCUGGCCAUGUGGUUCCCCCGAAGGUAUCUACCAAAGAUCUUUAGGAACGACAGGGGCAGGUUCAAGGCAGUGGUCUGUGUCCUGUCUGUGGUUACAACAUGCCUGGCGUUUGUCAAGCCCGCCAUCAACAACAUCUCUCUGAUGACUCUGGGGGUUCCGUGCACUGCACUGCUCAUCGCAGAGCUGAAGAGGUGUGACAAUGUACGUGUGUUUAAGUUGGGCCUUUUCUCGGGCCUGUGGUGGACCCUGGCCCUCUUCUGCUGGAUCAGUGACCGGGCCUUCUGUGAGCUAUUAUCAUCCUUCCACUUCCCCUACCUGCACUGCGUGUGGCACAUCCUCAUCUGCCUUGCUGCCUACCUGGGUUGCGUGUGCUUCGCCUAUUUUGAUGCAGCCUCGGAGAUCCCUGAGCAAGGCCCGGUCAUCAAGUUCUGGCCCAGUGAGAAAUGGGCCUUCAUCGGUGUCCCCUAUGUGUCCCUCCUGUGUGCCAACAAGAAGUCAGCAGUCAAGAUCACGUGAUGGCAAGGCAGUGACUGGCUUCUCUGCUUGUUUUCCUUCACCCACUGGGCUUUGUUUGCUAGCAAGGGCAGUCAAGGGGGUUCUAAGAAUUGGUGUGGGGUGUGUCUUUUAAAAAUUCUGUUCCCUUGGGCUCUAACUAGUGUGUCUCUGGACUGCUAGGGUCCACUGUGCCUGGGGAGAAGAUGGAAAGCAGAGGGCAGAGGGACACGAGGUGAACCUUUCUUAGCAUCACUUCUAGAUGCUCUGGUUUGUUGGGCUUCAUUGUUCAUGGUGGUGGCAGAGCAGCCCCUUGGGGGACCAAGGGCCACCCACUGCUUCUUCCUGCAGAAGGCUGGCCUGCUCCAGAUGCCACCCUUCCAGGCACUCUUGGAGUAGACUCUUGACAGACAGACACUGACAGGUAAGACCCUCUGACUCUGUGUUGGAAGGUGUCAGAGAUGUUCGUUUAGGGACACUGUUGUUCAACAAAACCAACCAAACAAAACACAUGCAGGGCUGUGGCUCCAGAGGCUAGUCUUUCACUUACACCUCUCAACUAACCCUGGUUUCACAUGUACUGUGAGUCAUUUUACUACUACCUCUGCUGAGAGACGGCGACUUAACUUCAGAGAGGGUGAAGCUAAUGACUACAACCCUCCAUGCCAAAAACUGCACUCCACUUUAAGUUAUUCUUAAAGAUGAGCACAACUUUUAAACGUUGACAUUGGGUGAGCCCAGUGGCUUCAAAUACACAGGGAAGAAAUAGCUAUGGUGUGAAGACUCCAUACACAGCCCACCCUCCCCAACAUUUGACCUCUGUAAGACUACCAAAAGGGCUCCGUGUAGUUUUUUCAGACUUUCUCAUUUAAAGUCUCCAGUAUGCUGUACUAUUCUGGAAAGUACCUUCAAGGAUCUCACCUCUUAUUUUCUCUGAUAUAUCCUGUGGGAAUUAUGCUCCACACUCUCACAGUACAUGGUGCUGCCUGUGGUUUUUUUUUCAAAGCAUUUUCUCACUUUUCUCAGAAACUGGCAAUAUUUCCACACUGACUGGCUGGUUGGGGUCACUGGUACAGAAGGGGCAAAUCUUGCCUUCUGGGUUUUCUCACCUGGCUGCAGUGAGUCAUUGUGCUCCAAUGACUCCAAGACAGUCUUCAGGGCAGGAGAUGGGCAUUACAAUCUCAGGGAUUCUCAUUUUUAACUCAGGCAUCCUCUGCUUUGUAACAUUCCUGGUUGGGAGACGAUAGGACAGACAGGUCCUUCUGUCCUUUUCCUGUGGAUAGGAAUCAUGUCAUUGUGUUAAGGGUCUUAGCGUUGGGAGCAGCAGUGUUUGGCAUGUCUAGGAACUCUUACACUGGUUAGAGUUGGCACAGGAUUCAAAGUGCAAGGCCAAUACACAACUGAGUCUAGAGUUUAAAAAGAAUAAUUUUAUUUCACUUGGGUGGUUUUCAAAUUUUAUAUGUAACUCACUGAAUUAUUUCUGGUUUCUUCCUGUAGUCAGAAAUAUUUAGGGAACUCAAUACAUGAAAUAAGUUCUAUUUUAUGGACUUAAAUUUAAGUUUAAAUUUAUAGCAUUUACUAAAUAACAUAUCAGGCAGUGAAAAUGUAAAUUAACAAAUUGGUGCUUUCCAAGGCAGAAAAAUUUUAUAUUGAAUGCAUGUACAUUUUACUUUAUUAUGAUUUUAAAAUAUAUUUUAAAUCAUUUUGAAUUGAAUAUUUAUAGAACCCCUAAUGUCCUUCUCUAAAUCCUGCUGGUUCAUGGACUAGAACUGCUGUUAAGUCCUUUGGGUUUCAAGUCUAGAAUUUUAAAAAGAGAAAUAGCAAACCAUCCCAAUUUCAGGUUGACCUUACCAGGUGUGAAUUCUAGUUUCAUCUUUUCUACUGUAUAAAAAUGCCAUAAAAUAGAGGAUUUAGCAUAUUUAAAGCUCAGUGGUCUUAGUAUGGAAGCAUGGAGCAGGAGAAGCAGACUGUAAGAAAUGAUUCUUUUGGUAUAAGUUUAAUUUGUCCUGCAGAUUCCCUAGGAACAGGAGGAUUGUCCUGACAGUCAAGGAGGAACCUUUUCUCUUUACCAAGAAAAGGACAUAUUCCUUGGGGGCUCUGCCUACACUCCCACCUCCAGACCCUGGAAAUAGGGAUAAAAUAUUACACAGGUGGGUACAUUUGAAUGGGCCUGUGAAAAAGAAAAUAGGUUACCCUGACUCAUGGACUAUUUCUCUCCCCAUUCUACAAGAAAAAUGACUUAAGCGAAGAUGUCAGAAAGAGUGGUUGUGCUAUGAAAAGCAGUAUGCCCAUCUAGAGACUGGUUCCAAAGAGAUGAGACUGAGGAAAAAAAGUGGAAUGGAGUAUAUUUGAAGAGGACAAAGCAUAAUUCUACUUUUGAACAGAAAUCACUACAGCUUGCCAGCAUGGGAUGAUAAAUCAAGAGAGCAGAAAUAUCCUCAUUUUAUUUUCAGGACAUCAUUCAUAUUUAUAUCAAAGCACUACAUGCUUUUUAGAGAAAAUUGGGCAACUACAGAAAAGUUAUAGAAGAAGAAAAUAACCCAUAUUCUUUUGCCCAACUACAACUAUUAUUAAUAUUUUGGUAUUUGAAUAUAUUUCCUUAUUGUCUUCUCGUCUUCUUUUCCACGGUGUAGUUGUAAAUAGGUAUCUUUUAGCAUGGACAGUUUAUCCUAUAGCUUGAAUGGAAUGUGAGUGCCCAGUGUGUAUUUUCAUGAAGAGCAGGUGUGGAAUACGCUAAUUAGCUAAACACUGGAAUGCCUGUCAUUGGGUCUAAGACUUUCUACUGGAUCUUCUGUUUUAAUCAAGCCUGACAUGAAUGGACCUAAGAAAUGAUGAACUGAAUUCUAUAUUUUGAUGUACUUCUGCACCUGGAUCAAUGAGUCAUAGCAAGCAGCUGUUAACUAUGUGACUUCAUAGAUUUUGAAGUGUUCAGAUUUUUAAAAAAAUAAUGAAUAGCUUAUUUCAUUAAUUGUUGUGCAAUCAAGAAUCUCCCUCCCUCCCUCUGUCCAUUAGACUUGACAUUUAGGAGAUUGGUCAUGAUGGUGGUUACUCAGAAUGGCUGGGUUCUGUUCUGGUUAGAAUUUGCCUGAGGUCUAUUUCUAGGAACUGGAUUUAGGAUAGCAAAACCCGAUAAUGCUACCAAUUGAUCAUUUUACCCUGUGAUUCUUCUCUUAUAGUUUGAUUGAUCAUUGAUUAUUAGAAAAAGAAAUAUUUUCCUCCCCUUCAUGGUUAUGUUGUAAAGUAAGCAUGAAGGUGAACACACUGAAGUUGUGUGGGGAUGAGAUGUCUGAAUGGGCUACAUUUUGGGGGAACUCUGUCCAUCCAGUGAAGAGUGGCUGAAACAUUCAUUAUAGAUCAAAGAUACUCUGGCAACAAAGUUCCAUGCUCAUCACAGCCAGGCUUUGUAAAAACACUGCCACCUCUUUUUUUUUUUUUUUUUUUUUUUUUUUUUUGCAGUGCUGGGGAUUGAACCCAGGGCCUUGUGCUUGCAAUGCAAGCACUCUACUAACUGAGCUAAUUCCCCAGCCUACUGCCACCUCUUCUGUUGAUUGGAUUUCUCAGCUGUGUGGAGACUUCUCUUACCAGUUCCUCAAGCUUCCCUGAGUCUGGGCCAUGUUGGGGACUCUGGGACUGGGAUUUGGAACUUCCUUGGCUCUCUUGUCUUCUGGGGCCAUGACACCAUCUCUGGGGGACAGGUGAGGGUGAAGCUUGCCCAGUAGGGCCUCUUCCUGAGCUCCUCUCCAGCUGCACUUUGAAACCUUUCCUAGGUAGGCUUUGAC